CUGUGUGUGCCGCCUCCCACCUCUUCCACUGCACCUGCUCCUCCCCAUCCUGCCUUAUUAUCCUCAUGUUCUCUCCAAGUGAUGCUUCUCAGCUGCGGGAGCGAGUGGCGGAGAACCCCACUCGUAAAACCGAUCUCUUAGGAUUAUUUUCGCCCCGUUAGAGUCACAAUAUUGGCGGACGAAGGAUUCCAGACAUGUGGACUUCUCUCGAGAGUCAGCUUGAAGUGGACAGGAACACAUUGUGACAGGGGAGGAUAGUGACAUCUGGGAAACAGGACCGCCCGGAGCGUGGAAAUCAGCCGGCGUUGGUGGCACAGAAAGCACGAGUAACAUGAUUUUUGACUACGGUAAUUGAAAAAACGAGAGAGAGACAGAGAGGGUCGGCAGUUUGCAAUGAAGUAACUAGAAGAGUGCAAGCUCGAUAACUUCGCCAUGAAAUCAGUGUUCUUCAGCCGAUUCUUCAUCCUGCUGCCUUGGGUCCUUAUAGUCAUCAUCAUGAUCGAUAUCGACAGUAAAAGAACGAACUGGACUCCUAUCGGUUUUCCGCGCAGCAGGGCGCAGCAUGGGGCCCGAAAAGCGGGGCUCGGUGCCCCGAAGAACCAAUCCGCCCUGCCGGUCAUCUACGCCAUAACUCCCACUUACACCCGACCCGUGCAGAAAGCCGAGCUGACACGACUGGCGCACGCUUUCCGCCAGGUCCCUCAGUUCCACUGGAUCGUGGUGGAGGACUCCACAGUGCGCACGGAUCUGGUGAGCCGCUUCUUGGCUCGGUGCGGUGUGCCUUACACGCACUUGCACGUCUUCACGCCGCGCAGGUUCAAGCGCGCCGGGAUGCCCCGUGCCACCGAGCAGAGAAAUUUGGCUCUGGGCUGGCUCAGGCAACACCGGACACGCCGGGACGCCGGGGUGGUCUUCUUUGCGGACGAUGACAACACUUACAGCCUGGAGCUGUUUCAAGAGAUGCGGAGCACUCGAGGUGUGUCUGUGUGGCCAGUGGGGUUUGUUGGUGGCAGAGCAUAUGAGCGCCCAAUCGUUUCAGGGGGGAAAGUUGUGGGCUGGUACACUGGCUGGAGACCAGACCGUACCUUUGCCACUGACAUGGCAGGUUUUUCAGUGAACCUCCAAGUGAUCCUGGCAAAUCCGAGGGCACAGUUCAAGAGGCGGGGCUCCCAGCCAGGAAUGCAGGAGUCCGACUUCCUCAAGCAGAUCACCAAGGUGACGGAGUUGGAGCCAAAGGCCAACAACUGUACUCGGGUGCUGGUUUGGCACACACGCACUGAGAAACCACACCUUGGAAAUGAGACCAAGCAUCCUAAGGACACGGUGCUCAUCGAGGUGUGAGCGACUGCAUGAAGAAAAGUGUAUUUUAAAAGGGAUUCUGGAUACGAAAUAGCUUGCGUUUGCUGGUAGCUCACGCUCGCUCCCUUCAAACAAGUGCAUCAGUCAAGACCUUGUCAACAUGAACAGUGAGAGCUGGACAACACAAAACAAUGUCACUCAAUCUAUUUUCAAGACCUAAAGGACUGUAGUAAAUCCCAGCUGACCUCGUUCCUGGACCGAUUAUUUAUCAAAUAGAGGGCAGCAAUGGGAUGUCCAUAGCGUUAACAGCUCCACCACAAAUGACCCCAAACAAGACAAUUAAAACCGUGCAUUUCUUCCAUCCUUGGUUGUAAAAUUAAAAAUAAAAUUAAAAAAAACAGCAUUGUGUUGAAGUCUGAAUGUGAUUAUUUUUUGAAGCAUUUAAGUAUUACUCGUGGUGCAUAAUACUGAUGUAACAAUAAACAAUCAAGACUUGUGGUCUGUCCAAAGUACUUGCCUACAUCGUCUGACAUGGUUUACUGUAAUGUUUCUCUGAGUUAAUGCUUAUGAGAAUUCGGGUUAUGCAUGAAUUCACUUUCGACUCUGAUAGUUGUGUGUUUCUUCAUCUAGAUCGACAGGCAGAGUGUAGAUAGCCAUUAAGCAAUGGUUAAUUUUUUGUAUCUUGAAGUAAAUCAAGCAAAAGACUGUGGAUCAUGUCUCAUCUAAUUUGCGGUCUCAAGAACGUACCACCAAUCGAUCAGAAUUUGAGCAAAAUCCACCAAGGCACUUUGCUGAAUGUAAGUAAGUGUCACGACAUUCUGAGAGAGAUUGACAGUCAAGAAAACUUUGUAAAAUGCUCAUCCUGAAUGCUGAAUCCUGAAUGAAAGCUACCCAACCAUGUGAGGAAAAAGUAUUUGCCGCCUAACCCUAAUAACUGCUUGGGCUACUCUCAGCUGCAACAACUGAAAUCAAGUGCUUUGUGUAACUGGCGAUGAGUCUUUCAUAUCUCCAAUUGAAAUAUUUUGGCCCACUCUUCAUUGCAGAAUUGCUUGAAUGCAGCAACACUGGAGGGCUUUUGCGCAUGAACGGCCUAUUUGAAGUCAUUUUGUAGCAUUUCAGUCGGAUCGAAGUCUGGACUGUGACGAGUCCACUUCAAAACCUUCAUUCCCACCACCAGCAACCUCCAGCCCUCAUUGCCUUUCUGAAGUUGACUUGCCGAUAUGUUUUGGAUUGUUGCCCGGCUACAAAAUCCAAGCAUGUUUCAGCUUGUGGUCACAAACUGAUGUGGAACAUUCUCUUUCAAGGUUUUCAGACAAACGGCAGAAUUCUUGUUUUACCAUUUACACCAAGUCAUCCAGGUCCUGAGUCAGUACAGCAGCCCCAGACCAUUUCACUUCCACCACCAUGUUUGACUGUUAAUAUAAUGUCCUUUUUCUGAAAUGCUGUGUUGCAUUUACACUAGUUGUAAUGAAACACACACCUAACAAAAAGUUCAACUUUCCUCUCAUCAGCCCAUAAAAUAUUUUCCCUAGUCCUUAUUUUUGUUUUGGAAAUCUGCCAUUUUCGUCCAAUCUCUUCCUUAUUCUUUCAUUGUUUUCUCCAUUUGUGGAUAAUGGUUCUCACUGUGGUUUGCUUGAGUCCCAAGCCUUUAGGAGUGGCUUUGUACAACCAGACUGAUGGAUGUCAAUUACUUUGUUUGUCAUCUGGUGUACAAUAUCUUUGGACUGUGCCAUUUGUUGCAACUAUUUGAUAUUUUUGGCCGACAUGUUGUCAGACCGGUUCUAUUUAAGUGAUUUCUUGAUUUAACAGGUCUGGAGGUAAUCAGGGCUGGGUAUGGUUAAAAAAAAAAGAGGAGAAGAGUGCAAAUACUGUUUCACGGAAAUCCGUUUGUUACAAUAAUAUAAAAAACAAAGAAAAAGGGUGAUUUCUCUGUAAGUUGCAAAGUAAAGUGGCUCAUGCAGUGAGCCUUGAGGUGCCCUUUUGAAGAGGUCAUUGAAUGCACAUGCACAACUGCUUGACAAAGACUAGCCUGCGACACUACUACGCAUAUCGUCAGAACUUUGAUAAGCCCGUUCAUUGUCUUGUUGGGUGCUGAAGUCCGCAAAGAUAGAAGUUCCUUUCACAGAAGCUGCAAUCCUUCAAAUUUCGAUUUGUGAAUGUCAACCAAACUAAACUGAUUGUUUGUCAACUUCAUGCUCACAUAAAAUGAUCAGUACAUAAUACACAAAACAAAUGUGUUACAACUUGACGGAGCUCACUGAAAAGAAUAAUUCAAUUAUUUUAGUAGCCUGGUUUUCACCCAGCUUCCAGAUUAUGUGAUGUCUUUACACUAUCCAGAAUGAAUAAAAUUUUGAUGUGGUAUCUAUUAA